AUUCUCUAUUCCUCUUUAACAAAAAUGAAAUUGUUUUCUAUUACAGUUGCAUUCGCCGUAUUGGCUAUGAGCCUAGUAAAGGCCGACUUAAAAGGUGACUUGGAGAAACUAAAUAAGGUUUGUGCUGAGCAAUCCAAAGCCACUUCUGAGGAGUUAAAUGCCUUCUUCGGCAAAGGAAUGCGUGAGGAAGAUGUAACCGAUGCUGUCAAGUGCCAUGUUAAAUGCAUCAUGGAGCAAAAUGGCCACUAUAAAGAUGGAUCUGUAGACCAGGAACAUGUUCUCAAAACAUUAGAUGCUAUUCCUUCUUUGCAAGAUCAUAUGAAGGAUAUAACUGCUGCUUUGGAAGAUUGCAAAAAUGAAAAGGGCACCGAUGAAUGUGAUACGGCCUUCAAGAUAACGGCUUGCUUCAACAAUACCGAAGCUGGAAAGUUAGCACUAGCUGCUUACUAAAUAGCAAUUGAGCAAAGAAAGGACAUACAUUUAAUCGAGUUUGUUAAAAUAGUUUGUAAUAAAUUUUUAUUUUC